CAACACUAUCCUGCAAGUUAGCUAUGCCAAAGAGAAAGGUGGACGACGUGUUGGCAGAGACGCAUACACCCUCACAGCGUAUUCUGAGAAACACACAAGCUGCGAGCAAGCAGACUGCGCUUGUGGCAACAGAGCAGGCUGGUGCGAGCAUACCGUCUCAAGCGACUGCAUUGGCUCUAACCACGGUCGACUAUGAGGACGAGGAUGAGCAAGAUCUAGAUGCUCUCCUUGAUGCAGCUACAACGGCGUUAAAAGCGCAACAGGCGGCGCAGAACCCUAGAACCACACCGCAAAACGCGCCACUCAUGGUUGCGAAAGACGGUGUCGUUAAACUCGACCCCGGAAUAUUUCAUGCUGAAACAGAAAAGCUCUCUGCUGCUCAAGCUGCCCAAAGAGCGAAAGAAAAGGGCACAGAUUGGUUUGAGCUCAAGACACCAGAACUGACAGAGUCUCUGAAACGAGACCUCCAGAUCCUACGAAUGCGUUCUAUACUUGACCCUAAACGGCAUUACCGCAAGGAGAACACACGGACAGUCGGCGCAGAUGCCAAGAAACUCGCUGGUCCGCGGUUUGAAGUAGGUACGCUCCUUGCUGAUGCAACUGAGUCUGCAGCGCACAAAAUCAGACGCAAGGACCAGAGGCAAACAAUUGUUGAGGAAUUGCUGGCAGAUGGUGAUCGGCGUGCGUACUUGAAGCGCAAGCAGGCAGAGAUUGAUCAGCAGAAGCGAAGUGGUGGCAAAAAGUUCUACAAAGGCGUCAAGGACAGACGCGGUUCACGAUUCAGUAAGGCCGCCAAUUAAUAUAUAGGCUAGGUCAAUAUCAUUAUACUUCCACAUCA